AUGAUCCCGGACAACAUCAUCCUGGUUGGUUUCAUGGCGACCGGCAAGAGCCAUGUCGGGCGCAUCAUUUCCCGGCUUACCGGACGGCGCAUGACCGAUCUGGAUGAAGAGAUAGUUCGGCGAGCCCGCAAGCCCAUCCACCAGAUUUUCAGCGACGAAGGCGAAAUCGUGUUUCGCGCCAUGGAGCGUCACGCGGCGAUGACCCUAUGCGAAGGCGGCAACAAGGUCAUCGCGGCCGGGGGCGGCGCCUUCGUCCAGGAACUGACCCGGCAGGUCCUGCUGGAAAACGGGAUCGUGUUCUGCCUCACCGCCACGUCGGAAACCAUCCACUACCGCAUCACCCGGGGGAGCCCCAGCGCCGCGGUGCGGCCCAUGCUGGCCGGAGGCGACCCGCUGGAACGAAUACGGGAUUUGCUCGACGAACGCGCCCCCGCCUACGCGCAGGCCCACCACGCAGUUGCCACCGACGACCGCACCCCCGAGCAGGUGGCGGACGAGGUGCUGCGCAUCUUUGAAACCACCGUCACCGCCACCGCUCAGGCCUGA